AUGUCAACUCGUAAAUGGAUAUUGAUGGACAAAUUGUCCUCUACACAUUCUCAAUACUUGAAAGCUAGUUUAUAUUCUUAUUUCAAUGUUCAGAAACCUCUAGGCAAAUUCUUACCAAAUGGGUAUCAUUUAUUAUAUUUCAAUCCAAAACAUGAAGAAACAGAAUUAUCAAAAGAUGGAUAUGAUUCACAUCAAGAACCUAAUGAUUUCCAAUUCAAGAGGAGGUUAUGGGCUGGUGGGAAACUAGAUUUCAUCAAACCAAUUGAAUAUAAUCAAGAAUCUGUCUGUGUUGAAUCAAUAUUAGCAUCUAAAAAACUUGGAAAUAAUCAUAUAAUAACUACAGAAAGAGAAGUUAUAUCACAAGGUGAUAUAUCAUUGAUAGAAAAAAGAACAUUAGCAUAUACAACAGAUUUAUACAAGAGAUUAGAACCUCAAUAUUCAAACAAGAUUCCAUUAUAUACACAUGAAUUAAAACCUACGGAUACAUUACUUUUAAGGUAUUCAGGUUUAACUUUCAAUUCCCAUAAAAUACAUUAUAAUAAAACAUAUGCUAAACAAGAAGGUUAUCCAACAACAUUAGUUCAUGGUCCACUUUCAAUAACGUUAUUAUUAGAAUGGGUUGAUUCAUUAUUUGGGGGAUUAAUUAUAAAAUCUUUUCAAUAUAAGAAUAUUGCUCCAUUAUUUGCCAAUGAAACUUUGAAACUUGCAUUAUCUGAGGAUUCUCAUAAUAAGUUUAGUGUAUGGAUUGAGAAUUCCCAAGGUGAAUUAUGUGUUAAUGGGACAAUUGAAGUUGAAGAAAUUCAAUGA